AUGGAUAUUACUGUAGAGGGAUUCACUUCGUGCCAAUUCAAAGGCCUCACUUUCUUGUCGCCGUUUUUGACCAUCGGAUAUCUCUACCAACUGUAUCUCGCAUGGAAACUGUACGUCUACACGAAUACGGAGACAUGUGACGGUCUGUGGCAGGUUUGGGCCCUCUCGAUUCUUCUCGGAGCGAUCGCCGGUGGAAAUAUUGUGACGACGUCGAUGGUUUGCAUCAGAAAACUCAAAACCACGCCCUCUUACACGAACAUUGUUGCUCUCACCCGGAAAUACAGCUCUCGUCACAAAAUCAAUCAGGCUCCGCCCACUUUUGACCAGAAUGCCACGUCAUCAUCGUCGAGUGCCACGUCGACUCGUGUCCCGCCACCGCCAACUGAGAAAUUGCAUUUGCAUUAA